AUGGCUCACACCGGGAGGGGAGAAUGCCUCGUCACGCUCAUGCUCGCUGUGUCCUUGGCUCUGCAAUGCACCGCGGUGGAGAUCACUCAGGAGCAGCACGAGAACCUUCCUGACUACGGGGACCCCAAGGUUGCUGCUAGGCUCAAGUGUAGCGCAUGCAGAGGAAGCGCUGUUGAAUUCCAUGAUACGCUGAGGGAGCUGAGGGAGAGGAGGAAGGCGGCUCGCAUCAAGGACUAUGAGUACACGGAAGCCCUCGACGUCGUGUGCGAGUCCAGGGUGGACGAGUACGGGCUGCAGCUGCGGAACAACCUACCGACGCAGAAGUUCAGCAAGGACAAGUCGAUCGCGCGAGCGCACGGGAACUGGGCAGGGAGGUACAUCAAGAACUUGUGUGGGGAGAUGUACUCGGACCAUGAGGAGGAGAUCCUGCGGCACAGCGAGGAGGAGCUGCCGGCGUUCGUUGACUCCAUGUGCCGAUCUGUCAUGAGGGUGUGCGACGAGGAGUCGAUCUCGGACAAGACGCUAGGGGACGAGGAGGUUCGCGCCAAGGGGAAGGAGCUAUGA